AUGCUUUCCAAGCUUGCAAGACCCGUUGUCGCCGCCCCCGUCCGAUUCGGUCACUACUUCACCGAAACUACUGCCCGAUUCUGGCGAGAUACCUCCUUCUUCGUCGGAACCGUCUUCGUCAUCGGUGCCAUCCUCAACUGCGACAAGCGAAUCGCCGUCAACCCCUAUGAAACCAAGGUCGACACCAAGGCCUUCCACGAGCUCCUCGGAAACGGUAACGGCCGAAAGACCAAGAUGCCCUUCUCUUCUGGCAUGAAGUCUGGUUUCCACAACGACCACUUCAACGCCGCUGGUCCUGGCUACGUUGACGGUGACAACGAGUACGAUCUCUACCCCCACCCUGGUUUCUUCUGGCGAUCAUUCGAGGGUAGUUUCCCUGGUCCUCGACCCGGCGCUGGAGUCUUCGACCCCGAAUACCGAGCCCAGCACCAGAUUGGUGACGCCGAAUUCGAAUACAUCCUCGAGAAGCAUUUCCACGGCCGAUACGACAAGCAGGGCAACCGACUCCACCCACUCAGCCACUAA